AUGAUGGUAGUGGAACAGAAGGAUCGUUUAUUUAUUAGUGAUGAAAAUGUACAAAUGAUAAUUCUUGAUUUUUCAAAUUCCUCUUCUUCUGUUGGUGAAAAUUGUGGAGAUAAUCUUUCGAGAUGGGAACUAUUAUUGAGAAAGAAAUUCUCACUUCAACAAGAAGGAAAAAAGAAAUGGCUCGAAAAUAGAGAAUUGAAAUAUGAAAAGUUCUUCCCUGUAGAAUUUAUGAAUGAUAAAAAAUUUGUUUUGAAUUAUAUAAAAAAGUAUGGUUAUGGAUUAGAAUAUGCAUCAAAACAAUUAAGGAAAGAUCGAGAAUUUGUCUUGGAAGUGGUUCAACAAAAGGGAGAUGCAUUUCAAUUUGCAAGUAAGGCCAUUCGUAGUGAUAAAGAGGUUGCAUUAGAGGCCACAAGAUACAGCCCAAAAGUUUGGAAAUAUGUUUCUUCAGAGCUUCAAAACGACAAGAAACUUGCAUUAGAGAUGGUCCAACGGAAUGGAUUGGCUCUAUAUUACGCACCAUAUGAGCUUGAGAUUGAUAAAGAAAUUGUUUUAACUGCUGUUAAGCAAAAUGGUGAAGCAUUGAAGUAUGCGUAUGAUAAUUUGAAAUCAGAUAAGGAAAUUGCAUUGGAAGCAGUCAAACAAAACAAGAGGGCACUUCGAUUCGUACCCGAUAAUUUAUUGUCAGAUGAUGAAUUCAUGUUGACAGUUCUCAAAUUAAUAGCUCCAGAAUUUUCUUAUUUAAAUUCUUUUGAUUAUUCAAAAAAAGAAAUCAUGAUAAAACUCGUUCAAGAAAAUGGAAUGUUACUUUCAUUUGUAAGUGAUGAGCUUAAGAAGGAUCGAGAUAUUGUGUUGAAUGCAGUCAAAAAUAACGGCGGUUCCCUUGAAUUUGCUUCUGAUGAGUUGAGGAAUGACAAAGAAAUUGCACUACAAGCUGUUAAACAAUUUAUCUCUCUAUUACGCUGUGCAUUGUGUAAUGUCUCUUCUGAAUUGAGGAGAGACAAAGAAGUUGUGUUAAAUGCUGUAACUCAAGACGGAUUUUCACUUCAAUAUUCGUCAGAUGAAUUGAAGAAUGACAAAGAGGUUGUAUUAGCGGCUGUCAGACAAUAUGGGCCUGCUCUCAAAUUUGCAUCGAAUGUAUUGAAAAACGAUCGAGAAGUAGUUUUGGAAGCAGUAAGAGAAAGUGGUUUUGCUCUCGAUUUUGCGAGUGAAAUGAUGAAACGUGAUCGAGAAAUUGUUUUAGAAGCUAUCAAGCAAACACCUUUGUCUGUGAAUUAUGUACCUCACGAUCUAUUGAACGACAAACAAUUCUUGUUAGAAGUUGUUAAAUAUGAACGUCAGUAUUUACUAGAUUGUGCGCCAAAAGAAAUUGCAUUCGACAAAGAAUUUUUAUUACAAGCAAUCAAACUCAAUUGUCUUUCCAUUAUAUCACCUCGAAGUAAUGAUUAUAUUUUAUCAGAUAAGGAACUCAUGUUAGAAGCUGUGAAGAAUAAUGGAUAUGCAUUGAAGUAUGCAAUUGAAGAAUUUCAGAACGAUACAGAACUUGAAAUAUAA